AUGUUGCUGGUAAAGACGAAGCCGAAGUCAACAGGAAACAUCCAACUUGCGAGGAAAUUAAGCGAGCACAUGGUUGAUGUUGCUGGUAAAGACGAAGCCGAAGUCAACAGGAAACAUUCAACUUGCGAGGAAUGUCAGAACCGCAAAGACGAAAUUACAGAAAUAAAAGCGAUUAUAAACGAAAUUAAAACUAACCAAAACGAAGACCGAGAAAAAUCAAUUAUAAAAGUGAUAGAAUCGGAUGAAAGGAUAAAAUCCUUGCACGAGGAAAACUCCAAAAUGACGGAAGAGAUCAAAUGUCUUAAAGCUACAAUAUCCGAACUUGUCACUGACAAUGAGAACAUAAAAAAUAUUCUCGACGUCAAGCAGAAUGAAUGGCUGAAAAUAGCGGAAAACCCGAAUCCAUCGAAAUGUAGUAAAACUGCAACAACGCCGCCUACAACCUCAGUACAAAACCAGUUUGAACUGCUCAAUGAUGAAAAUUGUGAGAGCGGAAUAUCAUCGCCUGAAUUAGACUCAAAUGAGCAAACGAACACGUACGCAAAUGGCCAGAUUCAUGAAUAUAGAUCAAAGGCACAAUCGAAGUUUGAAAACCGAAAGAACCAAACUCAUGCGCAGCAGAAGGAAAAGAAGAACCAUGUCCAUGCAAAGAAGACCGGAUCCGAAAAAGGAAAAGAAAUUAAAAAAGUCCUGGUAAUCGGCGACUCGAUGGUGAAACACAUCGAUCGGGUGAAAAUUGAGCGAGUUGCAGGUUGCCAAUCAGUCGUCCACUCUUACAGCGGCGCAAGAGUGGAACAAAUCAGUUCAAAAAUUAAAGAAUAUUGGUCAGAAGGGGAGCAGUAUGACACAGUUCUCCUUCACGUGGGCACCAAUAACCUCGCUUCUGAAGAGCCAGAAGAAGUGGCAUCUAAGAUGGAUGGGCUUAUCAAAGACCUCAAAGAUCACGCCAAGAAAAUUGCCAUCUCAAGUGUAAUUAAAAGGUAUGAUAACCGAGUUCCGGCUAGCAAGAUAACUUGUUUUAAUAUCCUUGUUAAAAACUUAUGCAUGAAACAUAAUACCACAUUUUUAGAUAAUGACCACAUUGACAGGUCGUUACUAAAUCGCUCUAAUUUGCACUUAAACCAACAAGGUGAUAGGGUGCUAGGGAGCGUUUUCUGUACAUAUCUGAAAUCGUUUAGAGUAGGUAAUAACAGGCAGUUUUUUCACCAAGCUCAUGGACAUCGGAACAGAGAAUGGACAAUGUACUUGAAAUAUGUGAAUCAAAUAAUGAAGAUAGAAGUCCUAUUUCCGUAAACAAUGUGAGUAGCGAUUUUUUCACUAGCCUUAAUUCCAUUCCCAAUGAAAGAGGUUUUAAAAUGGCUUUUCUUAACAUUGUUAGUUUGCCAAAAAAUAUUGAUGAAAUAAGGUAUUCAAUGUCAAACAAAUUCAUUGAUCUUAUUGCUUUCAAUGAGACUCGUCUUGACUCAAGUAUAACUGAUGGUAUGAUUCACCUUAAUGAUUAUGAUAUUAUUAGAAAAGACAGAUCAAGAAAUGGAGGUGGAGUUUGUAUCUACUUGCGUAGCUCCAUCAACUAUAUUAUAAGACAAGAUCUAAUUCCCUCUGAAUUGGAGGCUGUCUGUGUAGAAAUUAUUAAGCCACUCAGUCGACCAUUUCUUGUUACAACCAUUUAUAGACCACCCAAUGCAUCAUCUGAAUUCUUUGAUCAUUUUGAAAAAUUAAUUAAAGCCAUUGAUGAUGAAAAUAAAGAAAUGUAUAUUCUGGGUGAUCUAAACUGUGAUAUGCUUAAAACAGACAAAGAUUCGAAUUCUCCAACAGAGAAAAUCAAAACAUUGUAUGAGUUGUAUCAAUUGUUACAAUUGAUUGAUGAAGCUACCAGAGUAACUAUGACAACCUCUAGUCUUAUUGAUAAUAUAGUCACCAAUACACCAGAGAAAAUUUCUGACUCUGGUGUUAUCCAUACUGGAUUAAGUGACCAUAGUUUGGUAUUUGCAAUAAGGAAAAUUUCUGUUGUUAAAAAACAAGAGAAGAAAGUUGAGAUAAGAAAUAUGAAAAAAUUUGAUCAUCAAAAAUUUGUUGAGGAUCUGAGGCAACAACCCUGGGAAAAUGUAUACUUCUUCGCUGAAGAUCCCAACGCUAUGUGGGAAAUUUGGAAGAAAUUAUUUUUAGAGGUCUUGGAUAACCAUGCACCACUUCAACAUAAAAAGAUUAGAACAAAAAAAGUUCCUUGGAUUACAAGUGCUAUAAAGCAACUUAUAAUCACAAGGGACAGAUUAAAAAGAAAGGCCAUUAUUACAAACCUAGAGAUAGACUGGUUAAAUUACAAAACAACGAGAAACAAAGUUAAUAUUCAGCUAAGAAAUGCUAAAAAAAAAUAUUACUCCACUAAAAUUUCUGAUAAAAAAUGCAACCCUAAAGAGGCUUGGAAAACUAUAAACGAUAUACUAGGUAGGCAAAGCAAACCAACAGUAGUAAAUGAGUUAAAAUUAGGUGAAAAUAGUUUGGCAAAUACCAAAGAUAUUGCGGAGGGCUUUAAUAAUUAUUUUUCAAAUAUUGGCCCUGAUCUAGCUAGCAAAAUUGAUACUCCAAAUUUGAACUUUCAAACAUAUAUUGAAAAGACUAAAUCAGAAUUCAGUGCAUUCCAGCCAGUCACUGUCAGCAAUGUCUACCAUGUUUUACAUGGUCUUUCUGGCAACAAAGCCACUGGCAUUGAUAAGAUCUCCAGUAAAAUUAUUAAAAUAGCUGCACCUGCUAUUUCAGAUUCACUCACAUAUAUUUUCAAUCAAGCUAUUAUCCUAUCCAUUUUCCCUCACGAAUGGAAAACGGCUAGAGUAAUACCUCUCUAUAAAAAUGGCCAACGAAACCUCCCAGGAAAUUACAGACCAAUUUCAGUUCUGCCUGUCAGCAAAAUUAUGGAACGAAUUCUGUACGAUCAGCUAUACAAUUAUUUAACCAAAUUUGAACUUCUGAGUGACUGUCAAUUCGGUUUUCGUAAAUUUCACUCUACAGCUACAGCAUUACUUGACUGUACAAAUGAUUGGUAUAUGAAUUUAGACCGCAAAAUGUUUAACCUGGUAGUCUUAAUUGACUUAAAAAAAAGCAUUUGAUACUGUCGACCAUCAAAUAUUAUUGAAAAAAUUAGAGCUUUAUGGAAUAAAAGGACAAGCUCUGUCUUUUCUAGAAUCAUAUCUCUCAAAUAGAAACCAAAAAUGCCAAAUACAAGGAUCUGUUUCAUCAGAGAAAUUGAUCAAAUGUGGCGUACCACAAGGCUCUAUUUUAGGGCCCCUAUUUUACAUUAACGAUUUGCCUCAAUGCCUGGAUAAAACAAAACCUCGGUUGUUUGCUGACGAUACGAACCUGACAGUUUCUGGAAACUCUAUUACUGAUCUUGAAACUGCAGUGAAUUCUGAUUUGGAAAAACUUAGGAAAUGGCUAAUUGCCAAUAAACUUAGUCUAAAUGUUGCUAAGACUGAGUUUAUGUUAAUUGGUUCAAAACAAAUGAUAAAAAAUAUUUCAAAUUUGCAACUAAAUGUGAAAAUUGAGAACGAGUCAAUUAAACAAGUUUAUGAAUCCAAAACUCUUGGAGUGACAAUUGACCAGCCUUUAUCUUGGAAAACUAACACUGAGAAUAUUUGCAAGAAAAUUACAUCUGGAAUAUCGGCUCUUAGGCGUUUAAAAGAAUUUGCUGAUAAGCAAAAACUUCUUUCUGUAUAUAAUGCUAUUGUUCGCCCAUAUUUUGAUUACUGCUGUGAAGUAUGGGAUGUGUUUGGAGAAACGCGAUCAAAAAGACUCCAAAAACUACAAAACAGAGCUGCUCGGAUUAUUUUGAAUAUGAGCAAUGACAUAGAUCACUCUGUUGCAUUGCAAGCAUUGGGUUGGAAGCCACUUAAAGCAGAAAGGAAGAAAAGUAAAGCAAAAAUCAUGUACAAAUUAUUGAAUAAAAUGGGACCCAAAUCACUCAGUAAUCUCUUCACAUAUAAGGGUGAGGUGACAAACUACAAACUUCGGAACAUUUCAAGUAGUCUUUGUUUACCACAACCCGCGUACUAAUAAUAUGAAAAAAAGUUUUGUGUAUGACGGAGCACACCUUUGGAAUUCUAUUCCUAAAGAAAUAAGAGAGAGCAAAUCCUUUUCUUCCUUUCGAAAGAAAAUCACUACUCACAUUGACUGAUAGCUAAUUAACAUAGAUGUUAAUAUUACUUGUAUAUAGAUUACUAUACCUUAGUUUGUUAGUUCAUAUAAUACUAUAUAUCUUAUAUAAUUUUGUAAAUAGUUUUAAAAUUCUUUUCUGUAUAGUUUUCGCACGCCCCUCAUGGAAAUCAGCUUCGGUUGACGGGGUCAGCGUGUUUAAAUAAAGUUUAUCUAUCUAUCUAUCUAUUAAAACGGCAAAAUACAAAAAACUUAUUCAGUUCUAAAGGGUGCUUAAUGAAACUUGUUUUCUGGUUGCUUUUUUGUGCCACAACAUACGGACUAUUCAUUUUACAAGGGUUAGAAUUGAAGACAAAUUUAAAGUUAUAUUUUGUUUAAAUCGCCUAAAAUUUGAUGAAUAAGUCAAACGUUUAUUAAGCUAUACAAACCAUUAAGUAUAAUACUUAUAUAUAUGCAUUUUGGUGAAAUGGGUUUCCAUCAUUUGGAGUAAACUUAAGUUCAUAAAAAUCUCAAAAGGAACACUUUCUGGACAUCUGCAGGUAGGCCUUUACAGAUUCUGCUAGUAAAUUUUUAAAAAGUUGCUACAAAAACUGCUCAAAAGUUUCCAGAAAACUGGAGAGUUGCUCUUAAAUUUCAAAAGGUUUCUGGUAUUUUUCAUACAUGUUUAUAAAAAGCAAACUAAAAACUGAGCAAGCUAGUACAAUUUAUGCUAGGUAAAUAACAAAACAAUUUCAAGGCAAGGUUUGGAAACAAGUAGAUACUGUUAAUGCAUCAUAUUAAAACUAAGUUCAACAUGGGCUGAACAGUGAACAGUCUCCAGAAACGUUUCGUACAUCCUGAUUUCAAGGUACAUGCAUUUGUGCUGAUCAAUUUCUUUUAGUGUUGUUGUAUCGGAGCAUCACUGAGAAUUCAAGAUAGUCUGUAAGUGGGGAAUCUUGCUGGGCGAUGAAUGCAUUGUUCAAUGGACUGAAGACUUUUUCAGCAGAAGCUGAACUCGGUUCUUAACGAAAGGGUAUCGCAAGAUCAUUUACAUUUUAUUGAAUAACUACUGAAAACUUCACACAUUGCUCAUGGGCGCUUAAACAAAUCUUUUUUUCUGAUUGUUUUGUUGUCUUCUCAGAUCUUAAUAUAAUAAUAAUAAUUAGUAAACCCCUUUAACCGGUUUAAUAAACCACUUGGCAGUAAAACUGCAUUACAUGGUUUUUAAAAACAUAGUGGCACUGUCAUUAAAAUUUUUAUUGUCUCAAACAAAAGAACUCCUAAAACUGUGAAGUAACUUAUUUUAGAAAAACUGAAACCAUGUGAUGUCAUUUACCCAAUUAUGUAUAUAAUACAUAUAUAAUGGGGAUAUUAGUAAAUGUUGUAAAUUUUUGAAGGAUUUGUUUAAAAAACAGUAUGCUUAAUGAUGUUGGUUAAAUUAACAAACAUGGUAGUAGUGAAGUAGUUGUAGUUCACUACUGUAGCAAACUACAAUUUUCAAGUAGCCAGUAGUUUUUGACUGCUUUUUUAAAACAGUAGCUGUAGUUAUAAUGAACUGCAUUUUGCCUAAAAGUAGCCAAGUAGUUGAGUACUUUUCAAAAAGCGAAUUGAUAGAAUAGCAUGAUAUUGAGACAUGGUUUGCUUAAAAUCAAUACGAAUGUUGCUUUGUGUUUACUGUUGCUUCUUGUAAGUCGAUUUUUUUUUUAGUCGAUUUUUCUUUUUUUAAAUUAUUGAUUAAAACCAUGUUAAAUACAACUUUAAAAACUCAUUAAUAAUUCAUGAAGAAAACACAAAGAAAAAUCAUAGCAUGUCGUAUCUGUAUAUGGCAUACAGAUUCAUGUUGAUUUGCAUAAUUUGAUUUAUUGGCUUGGACAACGUUUAUUUUUAAAAUUACUUAGCCAAUUAAUUAACUCAUAAGAUGAGUCGUUUUUUAAGCCAUUUACAACAUUCACGUCCGUGUUGUAAAUAGUACGUAUAAUUUUAAAAAUAAAGGUUUUUAUUUGUAUAUAACAUGGUUUUAAUCAAUUAAUUAUUUAAAGUGUGUCGAAAGAGAAAUUUAGACGAUAUGUCUUUGAAAAGCACAAAGUUCAAAGAAACUCUAAAAAUGAAUAAUCUACAUUAUACUAUGUUUUCCAGUGUGCCAUUUAAUUUCUGCUCAGUUGUGGCUUCAUUACUGCAUGCUUGUGCCUGACAACAAAUUGGCAUGUUUUUACGGUUCACGAUUGUCUAUGAAUAUUAUAUUAUUGCUCUGCGCUUUGAGAAACUAAGCCACCAAUAAAAGUGGAUUUUUGUGGACAGUGGAUUCUUGGUUUCUCACUGGAAUGCACAAUUACUUGAUGUUACUGGGAGUAUUGAAGAAAUCUCAAAUCUGCUUCACAACAAACUUCCUUCAAGUUCAUUGUGUCAUCACUCUUCCUUUAAUGUAGGAAGCUAAAUUUAAAUUCCCAGGCAUGUUGAUGUAGCAGCCCAGUAAAAAUGUACACAUGCCUUCCUCCAUCUCCCUAGUACUUCGUAGUCUUUCUCCUUCCCUAGUUUAAUGAGAAUCUUUUGAAUUUCUAAAACAAGAUCAUAUAAUAUUUAAAAUACACCAAGGUACAAUACUCUAAAUGGGUUCUGUAUUUGUAGGUCAUAUUUAUUUUUUCCAAUGUGCCACAAAUAAAAAAAAUGGGUAAAAACUGGUUUCCCUAAUAUUUACCUGGAUGAACACCAGAUGAAUGAUGAGUCCAAUUGUACAACAAAAUAUAGUGUAGGUUCCAUACUUUGCCGAAUGCCCCAUGCUGUCAUAUUGUCCAUCUCCAGCUAAAACAACUUCUUUUCCUUUCAGAGAUUCCAAUAUCUUUUUCUGGUAGGACCGCUAAUAUAGAACAAUGGAAGGAAAUAGAAAUGCCUUUGGUGGUAGUAAUAUGUUACCUCAUUGUACCCUAAGAUCCCCAUGUUCUUGAAAACUCGGAGCACCUACAAAGAGGAUCAUCUUAUGAAUAAAUGUCAACCUUUGCAUUGGAUAUAGAUUGGAGGUUUUAGUUGGUUAACUUGCUGACAGAACCACCUGCAGACAAAAUAGCAAAACUGAGAAGAAUAAUUCCAGUUGGGAACUUUCCAAAAAGAUAGCUGUGGUUUUUCCAAGUAAAAUGUUCUUUGCAGUUAUUGCACCCAGGUAUCAACAAUCAACAUGGUUCCACAACACUUGGUUUUCACCUGGGGGUUAGACUUAAAACAAUAAUGACAAUGUUGAAAAAGCAUCAUUAACUGGGAUAGGAAAAUAAUGUCUUUGGGCUCAUCUCUUUUGUUCCUUCCUUCGUAAAUCCUAGCAAAAUAUAAUAAACAAAAUGUUAAAAACCUAAAUUAUUUGCUGGAUCUGCAAUCACUGACUUUCACAAACAUACUGUUUACAAAUUAGAUCAUCAUCAUCAGCAAUUUUCUCGUAUUCUUUUCUCAGUUGCUCAGACUUCCAUAAUGGAAGCAUUUUUGUUAGGAUCAGUUCUAUAUGCUUCCAUGUCUUCCAUGAGUUCCUCAACAACCUUAUCGAAAUAACGAUAAUUAACAACACAUUAAUUAUAAGAUUUUUUACAUAUACUGUAUGUUUUAUAAUCAGGAAUGCAAACAUAGGUAAAUUUUCUGUCUGUACUCAUAUGUACUAACCUUCACUUUUUACAGCCGGCUUAUCCUAUUUAGUAACAAUGUCCUCCACCAAGUCCUCAGGGAAAUCAUCGAAAACGUCUUCUAAUAUACUGUUCAAUUGGUUUAAUUAAAUCUUGCUCCAACUUUCAUUUUUGUCCACUCGUUGUACAAAAGUUGUUCAGACAAUUUAAUGUUUUUUUCUUUUUCUGCCUUUAGUUCUUUCUCUAAUACUUCCAGUUUAAAUUUAAUUGACAUGCAUUGAGCCUUGCAUUGUUUUGCAACCUUCGCAAUAUCUGUCUGUCCGGCAUCCUUAUUUUGUAUAAGCCUCCUAAAAGCUGAAGCUCUACUGUUUCCAGCAUUUCAACCUCACAUUUGAUGUCUUGCAUUUUUAUUAAUUUUAGUGUAUCUUGCAAGAUAAGAAUCAGUGACAGUGUGAUAAAGAUCAGAACAUCUAAAUAGCCAUUUAUAUAGCCGUAUAAAAAUUGAUAAAAAACCAUUUUAUACCAUUAGCGAAUGCCUUAAUGCGAAAACUCUAUUGUUGAAAUUGAAAAUCAUUAAUGUUGUGGUAAUUAAUUCAACUCUGUAAUUGUAGAAUGUCAAAUGCAUUGGAUUGUUCUUACCAGUAAUAGCAUUUUUCACAUGUCACAAGGAGUACAUUCUUGAGGACUAGCUCAUGUAUCGAUGGUUGUUGAAGCAAUGCUUGUUGUGGCUCACCAUGAACGAGUAUCAGUGGCAGAAAUCUCAGUUGACCACCUCCCACCUUUAUGGAAAAUUGAAUUUUCGGACAUUCUGACCAAAGGAGGCCAAAAACAACCUUUUCAAAUGCAAAUGGGGGGGGGGGGGCUAUGUCAGAAAUUUGAAGGUUUUUCUGAAAAUUUAGGAGGCUUUGCCCCCCUCCCCCCGCCUCUGGAAAAAGUGAAUGUUCGCCACUGACGAGUAUUGCUUCUUUUCACUGUUCAUUUCGUAUGAGAUUGUUCUACUUUCCAAUGCAAGUACUGAUGUGAAAUUCUCCAUCUAUCUAGCCUUACUGGAUGACAAAGCCCAGAAGAAAGUGAAUGGUCCAAGAUCUAGCGCUCAGAAGAAACAUUGGAAAUUGAUUCUAAAGUUCAAAUUACAACUGUAGUGUGAUUUGCAUGUGCAUUGUGCAUACAACACAUAUGACACAUCAAUGCAAGAAUGAUCAACCGUAGUUAUGAAACAGUGAUAAGGCAAUCGGAAGCACUGAUUCCAGAUAAGUGGCCUACAGGGAAUGUAUGCCUCUUGGUCAGAAGGGAAAAAAAGCAAUAACAGCUAUUUGUCAAGGUUUUGUGUGCUUUCCCGAAGAUAUUUCAAAAUAUAUGUUACAGUUUAUAAAUAUUAGGCUGUUAGCAAUAUGGAAAAUUUAGACCAGGAAUAUGAAAGUCCACAGUACCAGCCAGAAUUUUUCAUAUUUUGUGAUCCCCGCUUUUUCACUGGGUGGAAUUGCUUGGAGGAAGGGAAGUAAGAACAAAUUUUGGUAAUGUGAUUGGUUAGAUUAACCGCGUCUUAUUUUUUCACAGCAAUUUCUUUUUGCUGACCAAUCAUACCAUUGAAUGUAGUUUUUGCUUAAAGGGCACCUUUCGAGAGCCCCUUGUUAACAUUCCAGGACUACACCCACUGGUGAAAAGGGGGAGAUAUCCAAUAAAUUUCUAGCACUAAAGAAUGUUUCUCGUGCAACUGCUGAAAAUGUAACCCAGUUGAUUGAGAAGACUCUGAAGGGGUAUGUCUCAUGGAAGCAAACCUCUGCAAUACGAUGGUUGGUUUUGGGGCAGAUGGAGCAGGGUUUAAAUGCAGUUAAAUGCAAUUUAACUAAGUUAACAACAAAGAGCGCAGUUAGUGUGUUAGUUAUAGUAUGGUCAGUGAUUUCUGGCAUACCAGCAUGCGCAUGGCGAUAGUAGGUCAGCAGCUGUUAGUGUUUGAGCAUGCGCAAACAACAGGCACGCAUUGUUCGGAAAUCCUUCUAGGCUUGGGUGCUUAUUAUCGGAAAGUUCGUAUUUUUUAUUCAUUUAUUCGGUUUUGCAGGUGUUUUUUUCUGGGUCGAUUGAGUGUAGUUCAAAGAGUAUUGUUAGUGUUAGUAUUGAGUGUUGUUGGUGUCUCGUGGGAACGGGAUUCUCGAGAGUUAUCAAAGGAAAGUAUGGCUCGUCGAUCGACAAACAACAGCAUGUCUGCCAUGAUGGCGGUUGUAGAUGAAAAUUCCAUCGCACAAGAAAGCUCGCCGACAUCGAUUUCCGAGCCUAGUCAGCCUGUAUCGAGUCAAAAUUCGUCGUCGACAACUGGGGACUUGCCACAGGAUAAUCCAGCCUUAACCCAGGCGUUUUCCCGACCAUUAGAGGAAUCUUUGCCUGGCAUUUUCGCAGUGGUGAGGGCACAAGUUGGCGGGAGUCCAAGUUCAUCCGCACAUGGUCUUGUCAGUGCAGCAACAAAUCUUGGCGCAUCGCCUUCAACAUCGUACAACCUCUCAGGGCCUCCUACAUCUACAGGUAACCUUACUGUACCGUCAUUUAUAUCUACAUAUUGCACGUUAGACAACGCACAGCCACAUGUUGCGGCUUCUACCCCUUCAUUUGUGUCUCAGCCACUGCAUCGUGAUGGUCUAGUUAGGCCCUCUUGGACGGGGGGUGGCGACAGCACAUCCUUAGAUUGUCUGCCCUCCAGUUUGGCCUUACCAACAGGGAGUCUUUUACCUUCUACGAGCGGGUAUCCAGGCCUAGCAAAGGCGUUUGUGGUUGGUCCAGGGUAUGCACCAGUUCCCAACAAAUUGGUAAUAAAAAUUACAACAGGCAUGUUUAUUGAACUAGCCGAUUUGUUAGCUGAGAACAUUAAAGCCCAAGAAAUUGAACCCCAGGCUUUCCUAGAGGGAAGAUUGCUAGUGUCCAAUUCUAAAAAGCGGGUGGUGGAAGUAACCGACAUUUUGUCCUGGAUAGAAGCUUUCACCAUUUACUCCUUGAUUCUGUGCCAGUCUUACCCAGCGAGAUGGACAGAUUUGAGUCAGUACAAGUUGCUGAUUAUUCAGACAGCAAAACGUUUUCCUGGUCUUGCAUGGCUGCAUUAUGAUGGGGCAUUCCGGAAGGAAGCAGCAGCUACUGGUCUUACCGACUGGUCUCAAAUGAACCUAGACCUAUAUAACUUUCAUACCAGAGCUGUUUGCAUAGAAUCGACCACAACCCCACAACCAACCCCACUUUGCCAAUCCUCAACAGAGACCUCAGGGCCAUCAGUGAAGGGUCAGAACCGUCAGAGGGCAUCUCGGUUUUGCCAUUCAUGGAAUGAUCAUGGCCACUGCAGGUGUCCAUACGGGCAGUGUAGAUUUCUCCACAAAUGCGAAUCCUGCAGUGGAGACCACCCAUCAGUCAAAUGUCCAUACCGGGGGGGUGGCAGUGCCAGCAGAGAGCGUUCCCCUUCCCCUUUUGUCAAUAAAAGACGUCGUUAAGCAUGGAAGUCCCAUGUGUCCCAUUGUAAAUAGUACUUUAUUGUGUGGGUUACAAACAUUAGUACCACCUUGUUCUGUUCCAGUUAAUAAGUUUUGUUUUUCAGCUUCUGACUGUACUUUGCAGCAUGGACUGCCAAAAGCGGUUGGCCAUGAGCCAGGCGCUAACAUACUGGGUGUAUUUACAGGUUUAAAACCAGUAGCGGAAGUAUCCCCAAUCCAAGUGGAUAAACUUCAGCUUGAACUACGCAACCACCCGAACCAGGGUAAAGUAGCAUAUGUGUUAAAUGGCCUGAAGGAAGGCUUCCACUUGGGCUUCGAACCGUCCACUACCUCACUAAUAUCAGCAUCUCGGAACUUACAAUCAGCAUCCCUCCAUCCAUCAGUUAUUGACAAAUAUUUACAAACGGAAGUAGGAAAUGGACGAGUUGCAGGACCUUUUUCCUCUCCCCCUUUGUCAAACCUGCAUAUAAGUGGUUUCGGAGUGAUUCCCAAACGCAAUCAGGAAGGUAAAUGGCGUUUGAUACUGGAUUUGUCCAGUCCAACAGGUAACAGUGUUAAUGAUGGAAUUCCAAAGGACAAAUUCUCGGUUCAGUACAUGCAUGUGGAUGAUAUCAUAAAUGCUGUCAUGGAAUUGGGAAGGGGGGCAUUGAUAGCAAAAUUUGACAUCCAAAAUGCUUAUCGCAUUGUCCCGAUACACCCAGAUGACCGUCACCUCUUGGGCAUGCAAUGGCGAGAUCAGUUCUAUGUGGAUAUGACUCUCCCUUUUGGUCUUCGGUCAGCACCAUACAUUUUCACGUCCAUUGCGGAUCUCGUGGAGUGGAGUCUAAAACAAAACCAUGGAGUGGGGUUUCUAGAACACUACUUGGAUGACUUCCAUACAUUGGGUCCCCCAAACUCAGUGAUAUGUCAGCGGAACUUGGACACAUGUAUUCAGUUAUGCAAGGAAUGGGGUAUACCUCUUCAUCCAGAUAAACUUGAGGGCCAUCUAUGUGCAUUACAGUAUUGGGGAUCGAAUUAG